AUGACUCUUGUUCCCUGGGAUUUGACAGAAUGUCCUCCAGGCAGGCAUUUGGUGGUAGGAAUGAUUUUUGUAUUACAGGUGAUAGUCGGAAUUUUGGGGAAUUUCUUUGUUCUUUACUAUUGUGUCUUCCUUUACCACACAAGAUUUAGGGUUAGGUCCACAGAUUUGAUUCUCAAGCACCUGACUGUAGCCAACCUCUUUGUUCUUCUUUUUAAAGGAUUCCCACAAACAAUGGUAAUUUUGGGGUGGAAGCCUUUCCUUAGUGAUUUUGGAUGCAAACUUGUUUCCUAUGGUAACAGAGUGGGCAGGGAUGUGUCCAUUGGCACCACCUGCCUCUUGAGCGUCUUUCAGGUGAUUAUGAUCAGUCCCAGGGACUCCAGAUGGGCAGAGCUUAAAGGAAAAGCUCCCAGGUACGUGGGAAUCUCCACCAUCCUCUGCUGGAUCCUGCACCUGAUGCUAAAUAUUCUGGUUCUUUUUCAUAUGACUGGUGUAAAAAGCAAUACAAACGUCACAGGGAAAAAAGAUUAUGGCUACUGUCAUUCUGUAAAUCAUAGCAACAUCACAGAUUCACUGUACAUAGCAUUGUUAUUAUUCCAUGAUGGAUUCUGUUUGGGGCUCAUGAUCUGGUCCAGUGGUUCCAUGGUUUUCCUCCUAUACAAGCAUAAGCAGCGAGUCCAAUACAUUCGCAGGAACAAUCUGUCCCCAAGAUCCUACCCUGAGGCCACAGCUAUGCAAAACAUCCUUAAACUGCUGUGCACAUUUGUGUGUUUGUGGACUCCCUCAUGUAUCAUCCACAUUUGGUUAGGAAUUGUUAAAAGUCCCAAUUUGUGGCUGGUGAACAUUUCCACCCUAGUCUCUAAUUGUUUCCCAACUGUCAGCCCCUACAUCCUCAUGAGCCAUGAUUCCAGAGUGUCUCUGGUCUGCUUUCCUUGGAAAGGAGUACAAAAUCACUGA